AUGGGAGAAAACAUUGGUCAUCUUCAUCGAUACCAUGCUGAAGAAGUAUUUUCGCUUGGUGAGUUUCCGUUAGAUUCAGAUGCGAAGAACAACCUGGGCCUAACUCGAAGAUCAUCAUCCGAGUCUGCCCCUGAAUUCUUCGAGUUUCUCAACGAUCUUACCUACGACAUGUGCCCAGCCGACGACAUCAUCUUCUGCGGCAAACUCAUCCCUUUGAACCCACAACACAUCCCCUUCGAAGAAAACAAGAAGAAGAACGAUGUUUUACGCAAACGAUCCGAGUCAUUCUCCGAGUCACGCAGCGAAUCUAUAACUCACUCCCACAACACCAAAGAGUACCCUAAAUGUCUCAGAAACAGUCGCUCCCUGGAUUAUAAAAGGCUCCGCCGUUAUGACAUGGAGAGGAAUCCUUCAAAAAGAAGCACCAGAAAAUCCGACGUCUCCGCCAUAAAAGUUAAUAAGCGAAGGUGGUAUGUUUUCAUGCUUGGAAUGGUUAAGUUUCCACAGGAAAUGGAGCUUAAAGAUAUCAAAAGCCGACAGUUCCGUCGGAAUCCGUCGGUUAUGUUUCCGACGGUGGAAGAUUAUGGAAAGAAACUUUCUGGUAACCGGAGCUCCGGCAAGGGUUCUUCUUGGGGUUUGUUAAAAGCGUUGAGUUGCAGAGAUCAUAAUAGCGUUGCGGUAGCCACGUCGUUUUGGAUGCCUCAAUCCUAA